GCACAAAUUAAUUUCUUCAACACUUCGCCCAGUGUUCUUCCCUCCCCACGAGAGAUUUACAGGGCCGGGAUCAAUUACUUGUACGUCGCGAUGGCUCCUCCGAAGCAGCCCGUUAAAUCGGGUGUCAAUUCGAAGGAGGAGAAGGCAGCCGAUCUGGUAAUGGGGACAAACAACAGCAGUAUAGUGUCGAAACGCAGUGUUGAAAUGUUAUACUACCCCGAGCCCCAUUUCUUCCGGCACUUUGUCAAAAAACCGCAGCGACGUGCGCCGUUAAUCAACCGUGGAUACUGGCUUCGGAUGCAUGCCAUGGCAGAGUCGGUGCGGAAGUUCAUGAAAGAGCCCUCGGAUAGACCCAAAUUCGUCCUGAACCUAGGAUGCGGAUUUGAUCCUCUCCCAUUUAUCCUCCUCAGUACCGAUCGGUCUCUAUGUAGUAAUACGACCUUUGUGGAUAUCGACUAUGAAAAACUGAUGAUCAAUAAGAAAAUGGCCAUCCAGAGGACAGAAGUCAUCACCCAGGUGCUGGGGAAUGUAGAGUUCUUCUCCGACGAUAGCGGCGUGCAGAUCCGGAGCCCACAGUAUAUAGCUGUGGGGUGUGAUCUGAAAAACCUCGAUAAGCUGGAUCGUGUGCUCAAGACGCAUGUCCUGCCUGCCGAAUGCGCCGUUCUCUUCCUCGCGGAGGUUUCCCUCACUUAUAUGGAUGUCCAGUCCGCUAAUGCGGUGGUUACGUGGGCGUCUAAGCUGAGCGAUGAUGCCCAGUUCUGUAUCCUAGAACAAUAUUUCCCCGACGGCCCCGAUCACCCUUUCGCCUCCACCAUGAUGAAACAUUUUAACAAGCUCGGCGCACCAUUGUACUCCAUCCACGAAUAUCCCUCACUAGCGGAGCAGGAGCAGCGUUUUAAGAACGCCGGAUGGGAGUAUGCCCAUGCCCGCAGUCUCUGGGAGCUAUGGUCGGACGAUGAGUUUGUAGCGAGCGAUCUGAGAACCUCGCUGGACGCCGUCGAGGCAUUCGAUGAAUGGGAAGAGUUUGCACUAUUUGCGUCUCACUAUUUCUUGCUUCAUGCUUCCACCAGACAAGGGUUGUCGUCGUCGUCGUCGUCGGGUUACAGCACAUCCGGCGCCGGGUUAUCCAGCCACCCGUCGGGAAAUGAGUCGAUGUCGGACCGGUUUAAAAUACUACCCAAUUGUGCUCCCCCAGUAGGUCAACGAAGGUUUGGUGCUCUGAUCUCUGCAGGCAGCGGGAGUGUCGGUUACCAUUCGGGACUGGGCCGGCAAACGCGCCUGGCAGAUACCGACAUAUAUACGGCAUCCGGAGAAACAGAGUCCUCUGGUUUGCCUUUCCCUUCUCGCGAUAUUCCGGCACGUAUGUGUCAUACCGCAACCAGUCUAAAUGGAAACGGCGACUGCUUGCUUGUUGGUGGGAGGGCCUCGCCCGCUGCAGCGCUCCAGGAUUGCUGGUUGAGAAAGGAAAACGCGUGGUGUCCUAGCUCCCGUCUACCGAUUCCUCGCUUUAGGCAUAGCGCGACCAAGGUGACCAUUCAGUCUGACUAUGUCCUCGUAUACGGUGGGAAAACGAGUACGGGUAUAGCGUUGGAUACUUGGUCACUGUGGAGCGACAACGGAGAAGGGUGGCAAACAGUUGAUGUUGAGCCACCAGCGGCGCCAAAAGCUCGGUUUGGGGCUUGUCUUGGGACUAUCGAUGACACAUCUGGUGUCCUCUUUGGUGGAAUUGGGGCUGACGGGGUUAUCUUGGAAGACUUCUGGAUAUGGAGAUUGCACAAGCGGUCCAAUGGAUCGUUUUAUAUGGAACUGAGAGAUUUGACGGAAGGCAUGCGGAGGGCUGCCCCUCAAUAUGACUUCCUUCCUCGGUUUGGGGCGACCAUCACUCCUACAUCUUGGGGAUUGGUGAUAGUUGGCGGCGUUAUCCCGCGGCAAAUAGUCCCCUUUGGCCAGGAGAUCUUGCUGCUUGAUUCACCACAAGUUUUAAAGUGCUUUGAUGGCGAGGCCUUACAUUUGACGAGCCAGCCCGUUUUGUCUGCGAUAGGGUUGAACCCGGCAUUUGCUGGACCGCGUCCUCUACUAGUCGGCCAUGCGGCAUGUGCGGUAUACCCAGACCAGCUACUUAUCCUCGGCGGCGGCGCGGUGUGUUUCUCCUUUGGAACGCAUUGGACGGAAGGUACUUGGACUCUACAGAGCAAAGAAUCACCCUUCGACAAUAGAUGGAUGCUAUUUUCUGAGAGUAGCCCGCCUGUGAAAGGCGCGACAAUUAAACCCAGGAAGCCCAAGAAGAAGGUUUACAAGUCCACCAAAAAAGUCACCACGAUUCCCCGAAUCCAAAUCCAGACACCUGCGCAGUUUGAACAGGUUCUUGCGGGUGGCAAACCGGUCAUUAUUGAGGGAUCGGACAUCGGGCCGUGUACUGAACUCUGGACAAAGGAGUACCUAGUGAAUGCCGUUGGGGCGGAUAGGAAGGUGGUUGUGCAUGAGGCCGAAUCAGAAAUCAUGAGUUUCCAAACAAAGAACUUCUCCUAUACAACCAAGUCAUUUGGGACUUUCAUGGAUGAGGUACACGCUGGUGGACGCCAAUAUCUCCGCAGUAUCUCGGUUGAGCAACCAACCAAGUUACCGACACAGCUCGCCGUUGACUUUCCGAGCCUAACCAAUGAUUUCCGUCUCCCGGAUGCCCUGUCCAGUGUUGUUGCCAAUGCACAUAGUUCACCUCUGAGGAUUUCGGGGCCUGUUACAUUGUGGCUUCAUUACGACGUAAUGGCGAAUGUUCUGUGCCAAAUUCAGGGUGAAAAGCGGCUCAUUCUCUUUCCGCCUAGUGAUGUGCAACACCUCGAUGUGCCUGCUGGCGCUUCCAGUUCCAACAUCAAUAUCUUCCAGAACCGUGCUGAGGGCACAAUUGCCGCUAUCCCACACACCACGCCACAUGAAGCCCUCCUGCAUCGUGGCGAUAUCCUGGUCAUUCCGCCAUUGUGGCUGCAUACCGCAGCUCCAACGGGAGAAGUCAGCGUGGCGGUUAAUGUGUUCUUUCGCAACCUGCCGCAGGGAUACGCAGCCGGACGCGACGUCUAUGGGAAUCGCGACGUGCAAGCCUACGAAAAGGCAAGAAAGGACCUUGAGAAGAUAGCCAAGUCAUUCGAUCGGUUGCCGCCUGAUAUGGCGCGUUUCUAUUUACUGAGACUAGCCGACGAACUGCAGGAGACAGCUGAACGGUAACUAGGUGUGUAUCUAAUGAGGCCAACACAAUCGUUCCUCACUGUGCUGUCGGAAGUCAGUUGGUGGAAUUCUUAUCGUCAAACACGACGGAAAUAUGUGUUCACUACCGCAUUCGGUGGGAAUAAACUGUGGGCUUGAAUUUUUGCUUCCCAUGGUCGCGCAACAGCUAACUUAGCCCAUGCAGGCAGGCAGGCAGGCAGGCAUGAUAGCAUGAUGCAACAACCCCAGUGCAACCGGGUCACUUUUUGAUGCAAACAUUUGUUGGACGAAGCAUAGGCCAAUAGGAGUGAAUGUGCCUAGGGGUAGUUGGUACCUACUGGAGUAGGUGGCAAUAGAAGGUUGGCGCAGACUAAGCAUGAAGAGAAAAUACGGCACAACUGCUCUCAUGGGUGCCAACGACAACACAUCCCUGAACACACAAUUCCUUAUACGUCAUCAAGGCUAAGGCGGGGAUAAAACCUGUGUCGGGAUGUUUUUUUUUUUUUUUUUUUUUU